GGUAAAAGUCUUCACGCACCUUGCAACUGAACGGGAUAUCUAGACCUUGGCACACUUAGGAGAGUCGUAUCCAAGCAGGGUCGUUGAUACCGGCGUCACAUCUUGGGUCCUUGCUUCCUUAAUGGCCUUUUCUGCAACAAGGUUCUCAAGGCCGCCCAGACAAUACAUGCAUGUUAGGUUGCCUUCGCCAGGGUAGGUGCGUAGGAUACACCGAGUUAACGUUUAACCCUUGCAACAGAGGAGUGUAAGUAGCUCCGCUGAAAUAAGAGUGGUGGUUUUUAGCUUCGAGCGGUUUUCACUGGAAUGCUUCGAUAUUAAACAUAUCAUUGCCUAUCAAACAAUACCAAAAUGCCUUCAAAAGAUGAGAAAGAUGAUAGGCAAAGGAAGGAGUUUGUUCGAAAGCGACUUCAGAGUCUGUUUAGGAAAGUCAAACAGCUAGGGGAAGGCGGAAAUGUUUUCGUUUUGCUCAUAGCCGAUGAUCCCUUAUACGGUCCACGUGGGGAGGUGCAUCUUCCAGAGGGAUCAGUACUUCCAGACACCAACGCAUUUGCACAACGGUUACUCGACGGCUACAAACCUAAAGUGAGACAACGGAAGUUACGCAGACCUCGAAGAUCUGCACGAAAUAAAGAACCGGCAUCCUGCGUUCUAGAAGAGAUCACAGUCGACACAACAAGCGACAAUGGCGUCACGGUCGAUGCAAGCAACGACGAUGCGUUUGGCGAGAUCGAUGAUCAAUGCACUGACGAAACCUGGGCCGAGAAAAGCGAACAGGGCGGAUGCGUUGAGGAGGAUGGCAAUGCCAAUAGCCCAGCUCGGGAAGCCGCAGCAAGCCAAGGGGUGCUGGCUGAAACCCCACAGCUACGCUGCGCAAUCAGUGUUCACGGCAUAAAUGAACCUGCCAAUUCUACCCUCACAGAGGAGACCAAAACUGCAGAAGACGCUGUGCAACAAGCAGCGGAAGCUGUAGCACAGUCCGAUACGGAAGGCGUACAUGAAGCACCUCAAGACAUGCUUCUGGAUUUCGAUCUGGCCAAUGGCGAUGAUGGAUUACUUCUGCAAGCUGAGGAUCCUGGUUCUCCGGACUUCACUAUGUUGCAAAACGGGGAAAAUGGGUUCUUACAGCAAUUUCAAGGUCUUAGUCCUCUAGAGCUUUUCCGAAACGCUAUACUAAGCCUUGGACGACAAAAGGAAAUAGGAAACUGAUAAGAUAGUUUGAGGUAUUUCUUUUUGGUUGAAUUUUAAAACCGGUGGCCUGUCCUGUUGGUAGCCUGUGGGUCAGUCCGGGAAUAACUCGAGUCGCUUGUUUGAGCGUCCAUUUUCAUAAGGUGAAGGUGUUGAAAUAUGCUGGGUGUUAUGGCGUGGCGGGCCCUUGCGGGCUUCCAGCUAUUUGCCCUACCGCCGAAGCCACAUGACUGGAGGUCAUGUGACGCCACUCAUUGACAAACGGCUUUUGCGUGGCUCCGGUACAAUGCACCGUCUUCUACUUUUUUCCCUAGCUUUAGAUUUUAUCACUAGUCCACGUUUUAGCGCAGCUUGCCUCGCAUUCGUCGUGA